ACGGCGUGGAGGUGUGCCUCCAUCGCUAUCUUAAGCCCGCUCCCAAUUUCAUACCGGACUUGUUCUAAUUGAUGCUAUUUAAUCCAUACUACCUGCCCACCUCGAUAAAUGCCAAGAUUCCUAAUUAUUUCUGGCAUAUUAAAUCGACUCGAUAGGAGAGCCCGUGCCCUGCCUGCUCCGCUUGGGAGAUAAUGUCCAGCCAAAAGGAUACCGGUAUCUCGUUUGCUCACGCCCCAGAUGGGGUCGGGUACAAGCUGCUUGAGCUUCCGCCCGAGUUGCUUGCACUUUUAGAGUCUGAAGACCCGCCGAUCUUGACGCUGGAAUCGUCAACCAACUCAGCCCUGCUAAAGAGCCGUACUCAGUCAUGGGGGCUGCGCCAAAAGAACACCUCGAAUGCCUUGAUCCUGCUUACAACCUCGGGGGCAAAUGUCUCGUCGCAGAUGCCAGAGACGGGCCUCAAGGCAAUCGCAACAAUACACGAUACGAUCGAGCUUGUGCCCGAGUCGGCCGGGCAACCAGCGCCUGUCGCGAGAGGCAAGUGGCACGAGAAGUUCUCCAGUGGACGGUGAGACGUGGAGUUGGGAGGACCUAGGGGAUUCUUAAGGGGCCCUAGGCGACAAGAGCGGAUUCACAUUGCUUGGUACAGAAUCCGUCUAUACCUACCUUUACACCAUUCAAGCAACACCAAUAGUCUCUAUCUAUGCUCUCACGCGCAGGAGGAUCAGGCCAUGUUUUUCCUUCCUGUUUCUUUCUUACAUCCAUGUGCCGAGUAGAACUUGGGUUCGGUGAGAGGUAUGCACUGUGAAUCAACCCACUUCCCUGUGGCCUUCGCCUCGCAAUCGGUAUGGUCCGAUAAGCAAUGGGAUCGGGGUCUGUCACGGCUUCUCAUCCCCUUUCCAUUUCAAAACGUCGAGCUCAAGGAGAGAAGCAAUGUAUUAACCAAAGAUGGUGGUUCUUACUAUCAGGCGAAUACGCACUAAUAUCUCAUACUAUUAACGUUAUAUUAUCACGUAUUCGAAAGGUUGUAGGGCGUCCCUGUAGAUUAUUCUGUUCCACCAUCCCCAGGCCAUUUGACUCAAUUGCCGAAAUGAACGCGAUCUGCAAUCUUGCAGAAUAAACCAUGUCAGCACGUGCCUAGGGCCCGUGUCGAGCCCUACACGAGGUCUACGGAAUGCUUCAAGUGCAAGUACAACGUUAAGUAGACAGAGGAGGUAGGCAGACAUCUCUCGAUGUACAACGUCCUAAGGGCAUGCGUGUUCGGC